AUGAGCCUGCUGAAUUCAACCUUUCUAAACACCAGUCUUAUGCGUCCUGACUUCUUUUUUAUAACUGGUCUUGCUGGUAUUCCCCACACAAAAUACUAUUAUAUCUUCUUGUCCCUUAUUUAUGCUGUGACUGUACUGGGAAACACUUUUGUCAUGUUUAUGAUUUACAGUGACCACUGUCUUCACAGUCCAAAAUACAUUGCAGUUUUUACUUUGGCUGUGUCUGAUUUGUGUGGAAGUACUGCACUUGUUCCACAGAUGAUUGACACCUUCCUGGUUAAAUCACAUUUAAUCUCCUUUCAGGCCUGCUUAACUAGCAUUUUUUAUUUAGGGUUUUAUUUAGGGUUUCUCGCUAUGCAGUCUUUCACUCUCACUGUUCUGUCCUAUGAUAGACUUGUUGCUAUAUGCUUGCCACUGAGAUACAAUGAGAUUGUUACUAAUAAAUCAAUGUUGGUCAUUAUAGUCAUAUUAUGGAUAAUUGCAGCACUGGCUUUUCUCAUAGCUGUGAUUUUUCUCAGCAAAUUGUCAUUAUGCAAAUCCAAUGUGCUAAACAGCUAUUUCUGUGAUCAUGGACUCAUAUACCGUCUGGCGUGCAAUGACUACACUCCCAGUUCAGUGAUUCACUGGACACAUCCUGUAAUGAUUCUCUGCGUUCCAGUACUUUUUAUCACAGUUUCAUACAUUUGUAUUGGCAGAGCAUUAUUAAAAAUUGCAGCAACCUCAGAGCGCGUCAAAGCCCUGAAAACCUGCACCUCUCAUUUGAUCUUGGUGAGUGUGUUCUAUUUUCCUAUAUGCUUUGCCGUUUUACUGGGCUCCACCAUUCACCAAAACGCCAGGAUCCUUAACAUGUCUUUGGCAUCCACCCUGCCAUCUAUGAUGAAUCCAAUCAUUUACUCACUGAAGACAGAGGAUUUCAGAGAAUCUAUUAAAAAGUUUUACAGAAGAAAUAAGAGAGACAUCACUAAGAAAUAA